AGCCACCCGUCUGGAUACAUAGACACCGUUUGCAAUUAAAUACUGUGCUCUAUUUUCUGAAAACUCUUCUCGACUCGUGUGUGGAAGUAUGCUGAAGCGCCGUGCAGAAGUGUUUAAGUGCAAGAUUCGCUGUUGAGUGGAGUAAUAAUCAAUUAAUUGAAAAUGCCACCGACAACCGGUGAGACAUUGAGAGCCUGGCUCCUGUCGGCGCUCGUGGUGCAUGGCGCCGUGGCCGGGAAUCCUGAUGCCAAACGACUCUACGACGACUUGCUGAGUAAUUACAAUAAAUUAGUGCGACCAGUCGUCAACACAUCUGACGUCCUGAAGGUGUGCAUCAAGCUCAAAUUGUCCCAGUUGAUUGAUGUGAAUUUAAAGAAUCAAAUCAUGACGACAAAUCUGUGGGUGGAGCAGUCGUGGUACGACUACAAAUUGCGAUGGGAGCCUAAAGAGUACGGUGGAGUCCAAAUGCUUCACGUCCCGUCAGAUCACAUUUGGCGUCCAGACAUUGUCCUCUACAAUAAUGCGGAUGGAAAUUUCGAGGUGACUUUAGCAACAAAAGCGACAAUUUAUUCAGAGGGUUUAGUUGAAUGGAAACCACCCGCAAUUUACAAGUCUUCUUGCGAAAUUGACGUCGAAUACUUUCCCUUUGAUGAACAAACGUGUGUUUUAAAAUUCGGCAGCUGGACUUAUGAUGGGUUUAAGGUGGAUCUGCGACACAUGGACGAGCAAUCUGGCAGCAAUAUUGUUGAUGUUGGGGUGGAUCUAUCAGAAUUCUAUAUGUCGGUGGAGUGGGACAUUCUCGAAGUGCCAGCUGUUAGAAAUGAAAAAUUCUACACAUGCUGUGACGAGCCGUACUUGGACAUAACGUUCAACAUAACAAUGCGGCGAAAAACGUUGUUCUACACAGUCAACAUAAUCAUUCCCUGCAUGGGCAUCUCAUUCCUCACAGUAUUAACAUUUUACUUGCCAUCGGACAGUGGUGAAAAGGUUACGCUCUCCAUAUCAAUUCUCAUUAGUCUCCAUGUGUUCUUUCUACUGGUCGUCGAGAUAAUACCGCCAACAUCCCUGGUAGUGCCGCUCCUCGGGAAAUAUCUCAUUUUCGCCAUGAUAUUAGUAUCAAUAAGCAUAUGUGUCACUGUGGUUGUACUCAACGUGCAUUUCCGAUCACCACAAACCCAUCGAAUGGCGCCAUGGGUUAAUUUCGUUUUCAUCCAAAUCCUGCCCCGAGUACUCUUUAUGCGUCGGCCCCAGUACAGCUUUGAGUCGAAAUACAGGAAGCACUUGCUCCGGGAUCCACACAUCUCCUUCUAUCCCUACUAUUCAACAUCGAAUUUGGAUCAAAUAGCACGAAUGAGCAGGUCGCCCUCCAAGGAGGACAUGUCCCCGUCGAGCCUCACCGGCACGGGUCCUUUCGGCGGCAGUUGCCAGAUUCAUGGCCCAGUCACGGUGCCCCACUCGGAGUCGGAGGAUCUGUCGUGCGAGGCGGACCUGGAUGAGGGUGCCACCACAAUAAAGAGCCCAAUUAUACCCAAUCCGGGCUUCUCUCACGGACACUGUCCUCAGGACAUGCAUAAGAGCUGCUUUUACGUGCGAUUUAUAGCCGAGCACACGAAGAUGCUUGAGGACUCCACAAAGGUGAAGGAGGACUGGAAGUACGUUGCAAUGGUGCUAGAUCGACUCUUUCUCUGGAUAUUCACCCUGGCCGUGCUAGUUGGCACUGCCGCAAUUAUUCUGCAAGCCCCCACGCUCUAUGACGACCGCAUCCCCAUUGAUAAGAAGUUCUCCGAGUUUGCCACAACAACGGUGGUGCGAUGUCCGCCGCAAUAGCAAUUCGCGGGCGUCAUGCUA